AGAUACAACAAAUUCAAUUAAAAUAAACAAAAAUAUUGAAAAAAAAAACUUUGGGAAAACUGUUGAAAUUGUUAAUUGAUUCGUCUGUUCAUUUUUAAUUUUGUGAUGAACGUUGGGGCAUGCGUGCGCGUUAUUUAUUUUAUAUUGCCAUUAAACGACAAGAACGAGCAGACGGCGUUGUGUUGCACUAUUGUCAGCAACAAAAAACACAUGUAAGACAACCAAAUUAGCAGCACCCAGGCAAAAACAGCAAAAAAAGAAAAAUUAAUAAAGGAAUAUUCGGCAAUCAAAUACGGGGGCGCCACUGUGAGCUGUAACAAGCCAAAUAUAGUGUAACGGUACACUGUGUGCCGUGCAAUAAAAGUCAAGUGCCGCGUGGCAUUCAACAUUGAGAGACAGAGCGUGACAGAGGGGCAGCCAGUGCCAGAGAGCGCUUCGCAUUGUGUCAUUGACAAAGUAACGCAUCGCGCGAUAAGAGCCAACAAGAAGCACCCAACGAGACGCUCGAUAAACGGCAAACAAAAUGAGCAACCAGCAGAGGAGCAGCAGCAUCAAGGAAGGGAGGAAGAGCAGCGGCGGCGGCAUCAAAGAGCUGAUAGCGCAACUAUUGCUUCUUAUCAGCAUCACAUCAGGCUUGCCGGGAAUGGAGUGCUUUCAACGAUUCUCAGAGCAGCCCAAAUACACGGAGGUGAAUCCACGCGAGGACGCGUUGCUCACAUGCAAAGUAAUCGAUAAGCGCGGCUCGUGCUCCUGGCAAAAGGAUAACAAGCCAGUGGGCAUCUAUCCGAAGAAAUACGAAUGGGCCGCACGUCCACUGAGCGGCAAUGGCGCCCUACAACUGGAUCUACAUCCGCCGCCGCCGCCCAUGCAAAUCGGCGGCGAUUGCUCACUGUGGAUACGCUCGGCCACCCUGGACUUUGACGACGGCCUGUGGGAGUGCCAAGUGACGGCAAGUGAUUUUACCGCACAGGAUGCGCUGACCAGUCAACCGGUGCGAUUGGUUGUACGUGUGGCGCCACAACGUCCACGUCUGGAGUUUGAGAGUGCACCGUUGCCGCCGGGCCACAACAUCACGGUAGACGCCGGCAGCGUGGCGACUGUGAAAUGCGCCUCACAUUAUGGUAAUCCGCCUGCAACGCUCAAAUGGUAUCUCGGCGACCAGGAAAUCUCGCCCAUACACCCGCAACUGAAUGCCACCGAACCGGACAAUACACGCACCUGGUCAGCCACCUCGGUAGUGCAGGUGUCCGCCAUGCGCGAGCGACACGGCGACAUACUGCGCUGUGUGGCGUUCCAUGAGAACUACGAAGCCAAAUCGGUGCCAGUGGAGGCCCGUCUCGAUGUCAAAUACGCGCCAACCAUUCGUCUAAUUGGCUCACCGGAAAUCGACUUGGAAGAGGAUAAGGAUGCGCUUGUUCUGCGCUGCGUGGCCGAUGCCAAUCCGCCGGCCAGCAUCGUUUGGCGACGUGCCGGACGCUCCGAGAUAGCCAGCUUGCAGGAAACGCUGCAGUUGCGUCCUGUUGGACGUCGCGACGCCGGACUGUACACCUGCCAGGCACAGAACUCGGUGGGCACCUCGGAGCAGCUGUCGGUGCAGUUGGACGUGAAAUAUCCACCGAAAAUUAUUUCAGCCGGCCCGGACCGUCUUACAACAGCGCCGCUCUUCAGUCCCGCGGCCUUCGAGUGCGUCGCCGAUGGCAAUCCCAUGCCAGCCUACAAAUGGGUCCAGAGAAUCUCUCAUGGCUCAAAGUACGUAGAGCGCGGCAAUGAGCCGCGACUGGUCAUCGAUAAUGUCACCUAUGAGUACCAGGGCGAAUACGAGUGCCGGGCCACCAGCUACAUCAAUGGGCAGGAGCGGGUAGCCAUAUCCGAUCCCGUGUCGCUGCAAGUUGUGGGUGCUCCGCAAGUGCUUCGUCUGCAUCCCUCCAUGCACACAGUGUCCGUGAAGCGCGGUGAACCGGCCAGCCUCACGAUGGUCGUCUGCGCCGAUCCGCGACCGCAGCGCGUUGCCUGGGAAUGGGGUUCGCUGCGUCUAGAGGCAGGUUCGGGCAUAGAUCGCUUUCGUGCCGACGAUAUGCUUACGGAUUCGCGAGAGGAUUGCUACCUCUCUACGUUGCACAUUCACCACACCGAUGAACACGACUCACGACCCUACUAUCUUGUGGUGGAGAACGAGCGGGGCACCGAUCGUCAUGCCAUUCAUUUGAUUGUGGAGGGUACGUUUGCAGAACCUUUGGAGAUGAGCUACCUACUGGGCGUGGCCGGCGGCUGUAUGGCCGCCAUUUUGAUCCUGAUCUGCCUCUGCAUCUACGCCGUCAAGAGCAAAAAAUGUUGCUUCAAGGGUUCCACGGGCUAUAAAUCAUCGGAUAAGGACAGCGAAAAGGCUGAUUUGAAAUCACGCUCGGAUAGCACAAGUGGCCCCCAAGGUGAUUCAAUUUACACAACGCCUGCCGGCUUCCAUCAUCACCAGCAACAACAGCAACAACAACAACAACAGCAGCAGCAGCAGCAGCAACAGCAGCAACAACAGGCAGCAGCUGCGGCGGCAGCGGCAUUGCACGCAACCUCGCAGCAUCCACAGCAGCAGUAUCCGGGACAUGGAUCGCCGGAGGCAAUGAAGGUACGCAUGGCUGCAAUGAUAUUACAACCGCCCACUAGGGUCUAGCAGGCAGUUGAUAACGAAAGCAACGAGCUUCAGUAUCAACAACAGCAAGCUCAACAACAACAACAACAACAACAUGAACAUGAACAUGAACAUGAACAUGAUAAUAGUAAUGCCAACACCAACACAAGCACAAACACAAACACAAACAGCAACAACAACAAUAAUAUAAAUACCACAACGACUGCGACAGCGACUGCAACACUGACCAAUAGUAGUAACAAUAAUACAAUAGAGUUAGCCAAAGCAACGGCCACUGGCAACAGCAGCAAUAGCAGCAACAGCAGCAACAUCAAAAAUAGUAGCACAAAUAGCAGCAGCAGAAUUAGGAGCAAUAAACAGCAGCAGCAGCAGCAGCAGUUGCCCACAUGCGGGGAGCUGGAGAACAACAUGGACUGCGAGCUGAAGCCGCAGGCCAGCGGGAAGAUACUCAACUUAAAUGUGACCAGCCAGGAGCUAGUGGGUAGUCAGAUAGAGAGUUUGGACCAUAGCUCAACAGCUGGCCAGCUGAGCGCUGAGGAGACUGAGCUGUUGCUUCAGAAGCUGAGCAUCAACAAUCCGUUCUAUCGCUUUCGCAAGCAGAGCAACUCCCUCAGGGAGCUGCGGCGUAUGCGUAGACGCGCGCGUCGCCAGCUGCGUCGCCACAGAUCCGAGGCAGACCUCAUGCCACAGCCACAGCAACACCAACACAAUGAAGCCAAAGUUGUAGUUGUAAUAGACAGUAAGCAGCAUUUAACGUUAAGUAGUUCUAGACAAGGUACGAGUAGCAUUAAGACUAGAUCCGUAAGCAGCCUGACGCCUGAUAGCUCGACGGUCAUCACAAAUCCGUUCAGCAUCUUUCACGAUGACGAGAUACUCACCCUGGGCGUGAAUCCUCGCCUGCGCAGCGCCAACAGUGCCGCGGCCGCCAUACGUACAACGCGUCCGCAGCGCAGCGGCAAGGGCCUGCGCCGGCUCUUCGAUAGACAGACAUCUCCCAAUCCAGCCAGUCAUCAAUACCUGCACGGUGUGCCCGUGCGCCACUUUGAGCGGCAGGACUUCAAUCAGGAGGCGAGUCCGACGGGCAAGCCGAAGCGCGCGAAGGCCAUCUUCAAGCAGCUUUCCCUGCGCAAACUGCACAAGACGGAGGAACUCUCGGUGCUGCCAAAGCUCAAGCUUAGCUAUCGUUAUCCGAAUCGCACGCAGAGCAUACAGAGCAUGCGCACCGCCGGCAGCGGCGGUUACGAUAUACAACACACGGCCUACAGGCCGCGACUGGCCUCGACGACGCCAAAGUCCAACUACUUUGAGCGGCUGCAGGCGAAAACUAGGCUGGGCAUACAAAAGAUACGCGACAAGUGCCGCAACUUCAAGGCAAGCAGCAGCGACGCCAGCAGUAACGGUGGCGGCGGCAGCGGCAGCGAAUUUAGUGGAUUUCACACGCUCGCGAAGGACGAGAGUUUCCGCUUCAUUAGCGAUCGGGCGCACAUUUCCAGCUACGAGUCGCGCUGCGCUGCCGCCCAUGCCGCCGGCAAACAGGCGACCAUCUACAAGAGCUACAAAUCGGAGAUAGAUCUAAGCAAGAAUCUCCACUACCUGGAGCACUAUCUGGAGCAGAACUUCGAGCAGCAACUGAGCGACAGCAAGCAAUCGGCUCACUCUGUGGGCCGCAUCAGUGGCGCCCAGCGCCGAGCGCUGGCCACCGCACAGCGCAUAAGAGAGACAGAGACGGAAGAAACGGAAGCGGAGACUAAGACGGGCGGAGGCACGCCGCGGCGACGCCACAAGCGUAGCCAGUCGCAUACCAACAGCCAGACAGUCGGCAGCAUCAGAUGUGGUUCCAUGGCCAACUAUGAAAAUCUGGGCACACUGCCAAUUUCGGCACGUGCAGCGAGACACAACAAGGCAGCCUUUCACUCGGACUCGCUGAGCAGCUCAGACUAUGCCUCCGUAUUCAGCGGGCCAACGACGGCGAAACGGGAGACAGCAGCACCACAGGCUGAAAAUAGGAUGGAUGAGCAGGAUGUGAGACAGCAGCAGCAGCAGGAGUCUGUCCUUAAAUUACGCUAUGAGCAUCCGGACAAGAUGUGUGAGUACUACUUUGAUAAUCUGACCAGCUAUGCGCUGGCGCUGGAGGAGAGCGAGGACCUGCUGCUGGCCGAAAGCGCCAAAUCAGCGCGUUUCUUCUACGACGACGAGGACGAAGAGGAUGCUGAUGAUGCACUGGCCACUAACGAGCCGGAUUUUAUGGCGCGCGACAUUCGAAUUCGCGUCAAAGUCAACGAGUGCGAGGAUGCUGAUUGGUUCCAACGCCGACAGCAGCAACAGCAACAACAACUGCAACAGCGGCAGCGACAGCAGGCGACUUCGUAUAAUGAGAAUCUUGCCGAGAGCACUUUCUAUCAAUCGCUCAAUCAGCAUUUACAGCGACAGGCAAUUGCAGUUGACGACAGGCACAAGUCGGAGACGGCCUCGGCCUCGGCCUCGUCAGUGGCAUCCCUCGGCGGUGAAAGCUACUUGGCGCACUUCGAACGCAGCCGCAGCCGCAGCGAUUUCGAGCGGAUCGAGCGCAACAGCCUGCAGCGUCCAAAUGAAGACCUAGAACAGUUUUACGCCCGCGGCGAAUACUACGGCUUUGGUGGCAGCAUAGGCGGUGGCGGCGGCGGUGGUGGCGGCGGACCGGAGGUCGUGUUUGCAGCCAGGCAGCGUCGCGCCGACCUCAUGGAGGCACAUUACUCGCGCAGCUAUCCGACUGCUGCGACAGCAACAACAGCACCGCAUCAAUUGAUGCCCAGCAGCGAUGCGCUGCUCGACCAAGCAGACGGCAGCGGGCUGGCCAGCUACAAGCGCACUGCAGCAACAACAGCAGCAGCUGCAACAGCGGCAGAUGCAACCACGUUGGCGUCAACCAACAUCAGUGAUGGGCUCUAUGCUACCAGCAGCAAGCAGCAGCUGCAGUUUCAGUUGCAGGCAACAAAGCCGGAGCCAGAAAUUGCAGCGGGCUCAACAGCAGCAGCAGCAGCAGCAGCAGCAGCAGUGAUAGCGCCUGCGGCUGCCCUGUCAGCUGGAAAUGCAAACACCAAUACGAGCGCAAAUAAUCGGUACAUGUUGGAGAAUUUGCGCAAAUAUUACGCAAAUCAGCAGCAACAUCCGCCAGCGCACUCUGUCAACUCGUCCUCGCUGUCCAACUCGUCAUCCUCGAACUCGUCCAUGUCGCAGCAGCAAAAGCUGAAUCUACCCACCGCACAGCCGCAUCAGCCGCACAGCUCCAAACAGCAGCAGCAGCUCCAUUUGGGGCCACCGCGUCGCAAUUCGAGCACUUCGAAUGCCUCCUCGACGGCGGACAACUUUGACAGCUUCAUAGCGCUGCGCAAUGCAACCACCACCAGCACGCCCACCACCACAGCGGACUACAUGGCCAAACAGCAACUGCAGCCGCAGCCACAGCGUCGCAGCCAGCAUCAGGGCGCGGCAGGCAAGGCGCCGCUAAUCUCGGCUCUAAACUAUUACGGCCAGGGACUGCCCAGCGGCAGCGGCAGCGUUCUCACCUACAAUGGCAAAUUAUCUGCGACCGCAAUGUUGUCACAAGUAAAUUUGGCCAGAUCUCCCGCGCUGCAUCAGCAACAUGCCACGACACCAGCAACGACAGCACAGCCAGCAGCAUCCGCAACCGAAAGCUUCAUAUUGGAAUAUGAGUGUUAGCGCAAGAUUAAAUUACUAUCGAUCCAUUGGGAGCAGCAACUCAUCCUUAUCCUCCUCGUCCUGCGCUCCCUCAGGGUGGCACACCUGUCGAAAGCGAACCGGGAAUUAUUUCGCCCGGCGCUUGUCCGUCCGUCUGUCCGCUUGUCUGUGCCGUGGGUAAAUUUUAUGCCAUGCCUUGGAAUACUAUUUGCCGAAAUUACAAUUACAAAUUGUUAACGCAACUGAUUGGAUUAACGCCACCGCCACCGUACCGCACACCCCAACCCAACCCGCCUCGCACAGCAUCCCAAUGGACCAGCUUAAAUGUGUACAUAUGUGUGUAUCUGAUGCUGAUGCUUAGCCCCAGGGCUAAGGCUUGGAAUACCUAAUGAAUACACCCGAUGUAUCUCUCGUUAGCGCAUAGAAAAGUACGAAUAACUGAAAUAUCUAUCCUGUGCUGUAAAUGUAAGCUAUAUCUAAGGAAUCGUAUGUGUUUAUUUAUAAAUAUUUAUUGCGGUUGAUUAGUGUAAAACUACAUGGACUUAAUGGCCGUAUAUUAUAUUAUAGCUAGGUAUACAUUAUCGUAAACUACUGACAAUAAUACCAUUCAAUUACCGAUUACAUUCAUUAGCUAAGUUAAUAGCGUAUAUGAACAUUGUAUUCGACAUUGAAGGAAAUGCAUAAAUCAAAUUUAUAGUUGUAUCAUCAGAAAAAUCAUAAGCAUUAUUCUCGUACUCUAACUGCUACUACAAUAUAUAUAUAUAUAUGUCUAUAUAUAUAGAUCUAUUCUAUAGAAAUCGAUUAUCGAAUUUUGACAAACUAAACUCCAAGCUAAUCGUUACAACUUUUGAUAUAUAUAUAUAUAUAUAAGAUGCGGAUAUCGAUUGUUCUCAAAGCUGUUAAGUUUUUCAGUUUAGCCUAAAAGAUAAUCUCAAACUAAAAGUUAUCGAAUAUCUAACAGAGAUCUGCAAUGAUUACAAAGAGCGCAAUAUCUAUCUUCAAAUACUUUCGAGCAUUUCUUUUGAGUACUAAAAGGUACUUAACGUAAUCGUAUUUAACGCAUGGGUAUUUAUUAAACCUAUGAUCAAUUUUUACUACAAUUUUUGAAAGAAUACUUAAAUUAAUCCCGACAAAGAAAGUGAAUAUCAAUUAGUUAAAUUAUUAUUAUUGCUGAGUAGUACAUUGCAGAUCUUUAUCUAGAUAUCUAACUCUCCGUACUAUACGUUAAUUGUGAAGCAUGCCGCAAAGAAUAAAACAAAAAUUAUUUAAUGGUACAAUUUUCCAAAUGCAACGCAACUGCGUUUAAUUGAAAACUUAAAUAAAAAAAUAAUAAUAAAUAAGGAGAAAAAAAACAACAUUAAAAAAAUGGCGAAAACAAAAAUUUUGAGCUUCCACGUUGACAUAAAGGAAAUUAAAACGGCUGCAUUAAGAGACAGCAACUAAAUUUACACCAGCAACAACAACAACAAUGAGCGGCAAAUGCAAUGACAAAGCGCAUAAAAUAUGAAAAUCUGUAAUUACGUUGAAAGCAAAUAUAAAAUAAGAGAAGGAGCAGCAAAAGCGCUUGCCAGCAACAUAUUAAAUUUAUUUAUUUAUUGCGGCAAAAGCGUAUUACGUAAAAGGAUGUUUGUGGCUCAGCUGGCGUCGCGUAUACCCACAUAUAUAAAUAUAUCAAAAAAUACAAUAUAUAUAUAUAUAUACAUAUUUACCUACUAUUUAUGUGACGUCAAAGUGUUUUACUUUUAAGUGAAACUGUAAAUACAACUACAACUUAUUGACAUGCAACGAACGAUAGGCGACAAAAGCGACACACUCAUUAAUUUCCCAUUUAUGCAGGCUGUCAUACACUGCGAAUGCGCAAUAUUUUCAAUCAUAACUUUAAAAAACCACAAAUAAUAAAUGUUGCAUAAAUAUUUGUAUGACGUUGCGCUGAAAACUGUUUCACUGCUAUUUGAAUUUCCGCAUUUACAUAUUAAAAUUAUUGCGUAUGUGGCAUGUGCUCGUAUUUUUUAACCGACCUCCCCCCGUCCCUCCAUAGCCUGCUCUGCACUGGCACCUCGCCCAUGCAAUUAUCUGUGUGCGCGCAAUUUAUCUCAUUUGCGGCUGAGUUAUUUCCAACUGCAGCAAAUAACACUUCCAGACGAGCCAAUGCCCCGUGCCGCAACGCCAGCCCUCCACAAUGCCCCACGUUUGUGUUUGUGUGCCACAUUUUCCUUCUUUUUUCCCCCCCUUGUUAUUGUUGGACAGCCAACACACUUUUCCGCUUAAUUUACUGGCUGGCAGCUGGCUUCAUGUUGGCCCCGAAAGAAGAUGCCAGUGUGGCAUAGUGGCACAGCACUGGCCGGUUGACAACAGCAAUUGCUGCAUAAUGCAUAUGCCCGGGCACAGUUUGGACCAUGUUGAUCCUGGCUGGAAGCUCGAUGCGCGGAUGCUGUUGCUGCGGUGUCUGCUGCAGCCGUUUCAAUUGCUGCAACUGUGACAACAAUAAUAAUUCAUGGCAUGCUUUAUGGCUGGCCAUCAACUUAUCGGCAGUUGCUGCCACCCUUACCUUCCGCACCCCUUCCCAUCCAGCCAGUCUUCACAUCAACAGCCAGCAAAUAAAUUAAUGAAAGUCAAAUUAAAAUUUCUCUGAUGCGGCAAAUAGAGUUGGUUCAGUUUCGCCUGCGCGUUAUCAGCCAUGCAACAGUCGCUUGUGGCAUAAACCUAUCAAUUGCAAUACAAGAACAACUACAAAAACAACAACAUUAACAGCAACUAAAUUGAUUAAGUAAACGCGUAAAGUUUCAUGUUAAAUUGAUAGCAGUUAAUUAUGCGUUUGAUUAAAUAGUCAACAGUUUAUCUAAUUAAAUUAUUGAGCUUGAGCGGUAAACUAAAGUGUUUGGGUUAGGGAAAGACAACGACAAGAAGAAGACUGCUACAACAUAAAAGACAGUUAAAAAAUAAAAAAAACGACCAGAGCUGACAGUCAAGACAGAGACAAACACACACUACUAACCAUAUAAACUCAAGACCGGAACCAUUAUUAACUCAACUACAGAAGAUAUAUUCCAUAUAUACAUAUAUAUAUAUACGUUUUUCCCUCCCAUUUUCUAUGCCUAAGCGUAUGUUCGUGUUUACCAUUUGUUUUAAGUAUUUGCAACAAUAACAACAACAACAACAGCAACAGGCAACCAAAAAGCGCAGCCUCAGCUGCACCAUUAACCAUUUAUUAUUGUAUAAUUAAGUAAUCGUAUGAUACUUAGUACUAUUUUAACUUAGGACAUUGCUGCAUUCGUCUCUAUUAUUUCAAGUGUGCUAAUGUUUAUUUAGUUUAUGAUCAUUUUCUAUUAGUUCUUUAUUAACAUUAAUUCAAUGAGAUUUACAAUGGGUUGUGAUAAUAAACACACACACACACACACACACACACACACAUACACUCCUCACACACUCACAUACAUUUGUAAUAAUCUCAGACACCAAAUACACCGAAUUGCCAACGGAAUGUGUACCCCUAAAAAACAAAAAAAAAAAAAAAAAGACAAAACAAAACAAAACAAACAAAAAAUUAAGAUAACAAUAUGUAAAACAUCCAAAUCAAAGCAAG